AUGGACUCAUCAAAUCGCCAACCUCGAAAAUGGACACUAUCAGAAGACCGCAUACUUCGUGAACAAGUCGAAGCCCAAUUGCCUGGACGACAUGUAAUUUUCGAAUUUGAAGAUGGCUGGCUGACCGAAACUGCAGCGAUCAACGGCGACAUUAGGGACUGGUGUCGCGUCGCUGAUCAACUCCCCGGCCGUACGAACAAGGACUGUCGAAAGAGGUGGCAUAACUCCGUCGCUGGAGGGCUCAAGAAAGGGCAGUGGGCCAGAAGUGAAGAUGAUUUGCUUAUCAAGGCUGUGAAGCAGCAUGGGCAGAAAUGGACACUGGUCGCGACCAGUGUUACAUCCAGGAGUGCAGACCAAUGUGCGAAACGAUGGCAACAGUCUCUCGACCCAGACUUGGACCGCAGCGAGUGGCUUGAGACUGAGGAUAGGACUCUCCUCGAAGCAACUCAACGUCUUGGUCGACACUGGAAAGACAUACAGCGAGAACACUUCCCUGGGCGAUCUAAGAAUUGUAUCAAGAACCGCUACACAGUUCUAGUACGACGGUACCAAAACCAAGGCAUACGUCUCCCAGAUGUGGCGAGCUCACCGUCCGAAUCUAGCACACCCGCAAUAUCAAGCUACCCCGAAGAUGAUGAUUACCUCUCGUCUGCACCAAGUAUGUACACCGAUCUACUAUCGGCACCUGCACACGCCACAUCGUCACGAAGUCGCCAUUCAUGGUCGAGCAUGGACAACGAAGCAUAUGCGACCUGGUCGACUGGUCAAGCCUACAACAUGCCCAUCGCGAUGACCGCUCCGGACUUGUAUCACACGACGACCACGGUGCCGCAGUAUGCUUUGGCCCAGCCACCUACACUAGGCUCAAACGCUUCUCAUACAACCUCGUCAUCACACUGGACAACAUCUGCAAUGCAGUCGACAAUGCCCAUGUACACGCAGUCACCGGUCACCGACACCUUGCAGACUCCUUUCUACAGCGAUAAUUAUCCAGCCACUGAACAAACACUGAUGGCCUAUAGCCCAUCCUACACAGCCUCCACGGCCCGACCAAAUUAUACCAUGCCUAAUCAAUCAGCCUCUAGCAUGCCUCGCUCUAGGUCAUCAAGUCAAUACCAGCACCACCCAACGCACUCGACGCCGCCGACAUACCACGAUCCGCGGUCGUCUUACACCUUCAUACAAGGCAGCAUCGAUGUUGUUCCAACAUUAGACUUUGUAACCAAGCAAACGGCAAAACAGCCGACAAAGAUCUUUGAGAUGACACCUCAGAACUACCCGUAUUCACCCGCCAACCACAAUCUCCAAUUUCCUUCUGGAACAGUUGCCUGCCUGUGUUUCAAGGUGGCCGUCCAUAUUUGGUCUGAAACUAACCUUGAGAUCAUCUGCGGUACCGAUGUAGAUGGAUCGCUUACCGCGACACGGAACCCGUCGAAAUGGUCAGGUACCUGUACGCGUCGCAUGCAGAUUGGCUAUAUCCAUUUUGGAGGGAUUGGCGUUAACUUUGGAGGCCGCCAACAAUAUAGAAACCCAUAUGCCAUCACUUCUCUAGCCAAACAGACCGUCGGAUCCGAGUACACAGCACAUAGCCAUUGCACCUGCAUUCCUGCACGCUAUACGCCACCGCAACCAACAAAGCCAUCGUCUGAUUACCCCGGAAGCAUAGUACGGAACGAGUGA